AUGUCAAAUCCAAACUCAACUACUGCAGUAGGAAACCGUUUCACAUUUCGUGUAUUAAAUCUUUUACUUGCAACAAAUGCUGAUGUACAAAUAACUCCGGCUGGGGUAGGUGAUCGAGGCGUCGACAUCUAUGGCUCUUAUUGCGGAUUCUAUAUGGUGGUGCAGUGUAAAGAUCAAGUAGCUCCAAUACGAGAAAAUCAAAUAAGAGAAUUCGAAGGAGUAUUGAGCAGAUACAAUUUUGAGGGGGUGUUUGGUCUUUUUAUUAUAUCGUCUCGGGGUUCUUUUACCAAAUAUGCACAGGAUCGGGCGAGGUCUUCUCCCAAUUUGGUGUUAACAACAGAUGAGAAUUUAGAAGAAAAUUUGGAGCAAUUUCAAGCAGGUCCUUCAGGAUUGGUAAUUAGGGAGACUUUAGGCGAAUUGCGGGACUUACAUAUUAAUCUUGAAAGACAAAUUUUGGAGGAGUUUGACAAUUUUCGAUCUGAGAACAGGAGUUACACGAUCAAAAAAAUCAAUAGUGCUAGAGAAGUAGCAAAAAGGAUUCGAGCUGCAAAUAUUACUAGAGCAAAUUCUUCGAUACAUUUAUAG